GCUUGAUUUUCCACCCAACCCUUUACAACCAUCCUCUCACAUACCGCUCACUGUUCGCUGAGCGCUCCUCUGAGAGCCACCAUGGCGACAGCGACGACCCCCCUGCGCAGCACCUCACCACCACAAUUCAAGGGAAGCCGCCGACCACGCCUGCCUCCAGCACUCGCUCUAAUCAUAUACCCCAUCACCCUCGUUGUCGGCUCAAUCUACUCCGUCGUCUCUCCCACCGCGCGACACCCUCGAACCUUCGAAACCGCCAGCCCUCUGACCCCAUCCCUCGCCUCCGACCUCAACCUCUCCACCGAACCGCAUCCCAGCCCCGUCAACUAUUUCGCGCGAAAAAACAACAUAUUCAACCUCUACUUCGUCAAGAUCGGCUGGGUGUGGAUAACCGUUACCUUUCUGGCUUUACUCCUCACGCAACCGACAUAUACAAAAGCGCCGUCGGGACUGCGCAGCAAGAGGACGGCGCACGCGCUGGUCCGGUAUUCAAUUGUCACCGCAGCGUGGUUUUUGACGACACAAUGGUUCUUUGGCCCCGCCGUUAUCGACCGCACAUUCGUGCUGACGGGCGGGAAAUGUGAUAAUCUGCCACCAGUUCGCGCGAGUCCGGAUACAUGGGAAGAAUUAAAGGUUAUUCUUACGGCCGCGGCGUGUAAAGCCGCCGGUGGAGCGUGGAAGGGUGGGCAUGAUGUGAGCGGGCAUGUCUUUAUGCUUGUUCUAGGGAGUGCCUUUCUGGUUUUCGAGGCAGUGGGUGCGUCGCGGUGUUAUCUUGGUGCAGCAGCAGGCGCGGAUGGGAAGGCGAAGGACGAUGAGGGUGAGGAACAGACUACGAUAGACGAUACCACCAUCAACCCGCUUCCGGCGCUGGCGUUGAGGUUUGCGUGGGUUGUUGCCGGGUUGAGUUGGUGGAUGCUCUUCAUGACUGCGAUUUUUUUUCAUACGUGGUUAGAAAAGCUGUCGGGAUUGGUGAUUUCUCUCGCAGUUAUUUACGUCACAUAUCUACUUCCUCAGAGCUUAUUGCCGUGGCGAAAUAUAGUCGGAAUUCCGGGGUUGUGAAUUUGUGAUUCUGGUGUUUAUAGCAUACAUUGCAUUAGAGCAGAGACUACGUUGAGGCAUCGAUUAAUGGCUUAGUAUAAUUCUUUUUUAAUGUGAACAUUAGAGCGUCUUGUUUAUGUACAUACAACAUUAUAGUUUGAUUCGGCAUCGCACGAGAUAUGCUGAUAUUACUGCUUUAUUUUGCUUAUCAUCGGAUAAUAUACACGAAAUACACGUCUUACUAAAC